AUGUCGCUUGCAUUAGUCGUACAUGAAAAUAAAAAACUUCUUGUCGAAGAACUUCCUCUUCCGAUAUAUGGUCCCAGUGAUCUGCUAAUUAAAGUAACACAUGUUGCACAAAAUCCAACUGAUUGGAAAUCUGUCCAUUUUCGUGCUGCGAAACCAGGAUCAAUCGUUGGAUGUGAUUUUGCUGGAGAAGUUGUUGAAGUAGGCGAAGAAGCGAUUGGUAAUUAUAGAAAAGGUGAACGUGUUGCUGGCUGUGUUCCAGGUGGUGUCAAUCCUGAAUUUGGUAUUCGUGGAGCUUAUUCUAAAUAUGUUGUUCAAGAAGCAUCACUCGUCUUUCGUUACCCUUCAAUAAUUUCACCGGAAUCAGCAGCUACAAUUCCACUUGCUACUAUUACAGCAGCUCUUGGUCUUUUUCAUGAGAUGAAUUUACCACUACCACCUGCGACUUGUGGAGCAUCUAUUCUUAUAUGGUCUGGUAGUACAAGUGUUGGACAGUAUGCUAUUCAGUUGGCCAAGGCAGCAGGUUGUUUUGUCAUUACAACAGCAUCAUCUGCUCGUCAUAGUUAUUUAAAAGAGCUUGGUGCUAAUGUCUGUUUUGAUUAUAAAGAUCCUCAUGUUGUUACAAAAAUAAAAGAAGUAGUAAAAGAUAGUUUAGCUUAUGGUUUUGAUUGUAUCUCAGAAAAAGGAUCAAUAAAACAAGUCUGUGCUGCCCUAACAGGUCAAAAUUCGCAAGUCGUUACUAUUCUACCUGUUCCAUCCAAUGAAAUACCAUCACAUAUCAAGGAACAUUUUGUCUUAAUGUAUUCAAUAUAUGGACAUGAAAUACAUGCUUUUCGGAAAGUUUUUCAAGCUAAACCACAAGACAAAGAAUUUGCUGAAAAAUUCUACAAGUUAUUAUCGAAUGUCUUGUUACCUCAAGGUCUUCUCAAACCAAAUCGAGUGACUAUGAUGCCAGGUGGUCUUAAUGGAGUAGAAGAAGGAUUCAAAAGAAUGAUGGAGAAUAAAGUAGCAGCAGAAAAAUUGGUUUAUACGAUGACUGAAACAACCAAACCACGUAUCUUAAAACUCAAUUCUAAUUUAUAA